AUGACAGGCAAAGCUUUGGAGAAUGUGAUUGACCUAAUUGGCUAUACAACCAUCAUCUCAAACCAUCAUCUUCGUCGUCGUCUCCUACAGGUUGAGAACUGCCUCUCGACGUAUGACCCCCAUGCGUGCGUCGUCGUGUACUCAAUCACGGACAAGGGGUCGUUCAAGAAGGCGGAGGACACCCUGACUUACCUGUGGCGGGAGAAUUACUCGAAGGACAAGGCAGUUAUCCUAGUGGGGAAUAAGGUCGAUCUUGCCAGGUCCAGGAUCGUCAACAACAGUGAGGGAAAGUCUCUUGCGAGGAGCCACGAAAGUAAAUUUAUAGAGACUUCCAGCGGCAUACAGCACAACGUGGACGAGCUGCUGGUGGGCGUGGUGAAGCAGGUUCGUCUGCGUUUGGCCGCCCACCGGAAGCGCCUGAAGAAGAUGUCAGCCUCGAAGACCUCCCUGAGCCUCCACGCGGCCAAGGAGCUCCUCAAUAAGAUGUGUCUCCUAGAUAACAAGUCUAAGUCGUGUGAGAACCUCCAUGUCUUGUAGGAGAGUCUCCAAGGUGUCAGGAGCCUCCUUCAAAAUCCUCCACGACUUCUCCUGGGUGUUUUUUGGAGACCCAGCGGAGAGGACAGUGGAGUAACUUGGUAUUCUUGGAUGGUAUCGGGAAGCUCUCCUCCAUCCACCACCCCUACGAGGUAAGACCCAUUCAUGACUCCAAGAGGAAGGAACCUGAAGGAACCUAAAGAAACUUGGAGGAAUCUGAUGGAAUCUGGAGGAACCUGGAGGGACUUGGAGGAGCCUGAAAGAAUCUGGAGGAACCUGAUGGAACCUGAAGAAACCUGGAGGAAUCUGAAGGAACCUGAAGGAACUUGGAGGAAUCUGAAAGGAACCUAAAGAAACCUGAAGAAACCCGAAGUAACCUGAAGAAUCCUGAAGGAACCUCAAGGGGGUUACUCACUGAGGGUAGUCAAUCAGGAGAGCUUCCCUCCAUCCAUGUAUUACAAGAUGUCAUGUCAACGUCCAUGCCUUGUAAACAUGUUAGCUUUUUCUCCUAGUUAAGUGUAAGAAGUUCUCUCCCUCUCUCUCUCUCCCGCUUGGAGCUUGACUGUGUGACCAUCUCUGGUCUGUGUAGUGAGUUGUCCUUCGGCAGGAUAAUAAACCAUGGCUCCCUGGUGCUGCUCUCUGUGUAGGUGUGGCCAGUCUCAUGUAUCGCUACGGGGAACGGAUUUUUUUUUUCAUUAUAAAUUGUCAAUAUCAAAUCGUAUGUGUAUUAGCUGUAAAGUCCUGAUGCAGUAUGUGGCCUCUUAAGAGCUGGGUCACAUGUGGAUAAAAGGUGUAAUGAUUUGUGUAGCUUCGUCAGGUUUGGGGAGGUACUGUGGUGGUCCUCAUGACUUGUACUUUCAACCCAGUCCAGGGGCGGUGUUGG